CUUCUGAAACUGGGCACGAAGGCUUUUCUGCUGUGUGGCAUGCACAUCAUUCAGCCUCAAAGAACUCAGACCCUUCCUUCAAAUGUAAAAUACAACAUGUCACAGGGUCUCAUUAAAUGAUCCCAUUAAAUGAGACCUUGUGUAUUAAUACUCCAUUAUGCACUCGACUGGAGAAGUGAAUGAUCUGCAGACUCAUUCCUUCACGUUCACCCUCUGUGUCAACUGUUUGGGAGAAAGUAGUCACCCGGGUGUCUUCCUCCGUUUUCUCGAGUAAAAUUUCAGAGUGUUCCUGCUUUCAGUCAGCGCAGCGUGCCGAAGGCUGGUCUGGACUAGCCACUCAUCCCUAUCAAACACAUUUUCCCUUCGCGCGUGCAGGUCUCCGGGCCUCUCUGAGGAAGUCUCCCGUGCCAUCCCCUUGCGUUUUCUUUGCAGGUGCUCCAGGGGGCGCGGCUCGAGGCCGGAGCUGCGCUCCUGCGAGGCGGGCCAGCUCCCUGGCCUCCCUCAGCCCACCCUCCAGGUUCUGCGCCCCGGGGCGUGGCAGUGGUGUAAACUUGCCGGGAGUCCAGCUCCGGCAGCGGGGAGUCGCGACACCUGGGGCACUUUUCUGGAAGCUGCUGCCAUCCCGCCCUUCCCCCAGCCUCCGCCGGGGUGUUUAUCUUUGCCUUAGCUACUGGCUCUUUCCUCUUUCACUUUUCUUUUCGCUGAGGGUUGGGACUCCCUGGGUUCAGGGCGCCCAGGGGAGCCCCAGCCUACUGGCUCGCAGCAGUCGCAGCCCAAGACCAGGGCAGGGUGCCGGGUGGCUGCCCCCGGCCCUGCAGCCCGGACUCCAUGGAGGUACAGAGUGGCGCUUUGAGAGGGAGGUGACGGUGGCUGGAAGGGCGUUGGAAUUUUCCCCGAAAGCCUACACAUCGGGCUUCUCCCCGCUCCGGCAGGACCCACCCGUUGUCCGCCGCCCCGCCCUCUUAGGGGAAACACUUGACCGUGACUUUAGUUCUCGGUUGCGCUACUUGCAGAGGUUUUUCCUCUUCUGACCCUUUAUUCCUCUCGUGGACUGUCGCCAUCCUCCGCUUCCAGAGGAGCUCAGAUUGCGGCUUCCCAGUGCACUGGGGGUUGCUGGCUGUGGGCGACCGGAAGGCUGCGCUCGGUUCUGUGCGCUCCGCCGACUCCGCAGCAGGCUGCCGGAGGGUGGGGGACGUGGUCCUGGCUGUCGCUGCCUCCUCCCCGUUUCGGAGGAGACAUGGUCUGACAACACAGAGCGCUGAGUCCUGCAACUACCUAAUCCAGCAAAGAAAGUUUAGAAAGUGGGAACUCCAGAACCUGAUUUGAAGCUAUAGUUCGGGAAUUUGGAAUUUUCCUGCAGAUUACUGCAUCUGUUCCUACCUACGGCCACCUGGCUCUUAAAGCAAUGUCCCGUCAUGUGCCAUGCUGCUGAUGUCACAGGAAGCAAAGUCGGUGUUAGCACAUAGCCAGCCUACAGGAGGUUGUAAACCAUAUCUGAGAAGUUCUUCCAUCCAGUGCUACUUGUGUUUACUUCUGAACAGUCAUUUUUUAACGGAGGCUGGCAUUCAUGUCUUCAUUUUGGGCUGUAUCAGCGCAGGUCUUCCUAAAACAGAGGCACAAUGGCAGGAUGUAAUAAGUGAUUUGAAAAGAAUUGACAGUCUCAUUCAAUCUAUGCAUAUUGAUGCCACUUUAUAUACUGAAAGUGAUGCUCAUCCCAAUUGCAAAGUUACAGCAAUGAAGUGCUUUCUCCUGGAGUUACACGUUAUUUUGCGUGAGUCCAGAAAUCCGGGCAUUGAUGAAACAGUUGAAAACCUCAUCAUUCUAGCAAACAACAGUUUAUCUUCCAGUGGGGUAAAGAAAAAAACAUAUUAGAAAAUAUUAUUUCUACACUCUCCCUGGCAGUAAGUAUAAAGAGCAAAUAGGCAAAAGGUCUGGAACUGCAAACAGAACCAAUACAUAAUUGGUGAGCCUAGAGAUUUUUAAAACCUAUUGACAAGUCUAAUUUUAUAUACUCUCAUUUUUUAUCUUACAACAAAGAAUCAAUAAAAUUAUUUUGUUUUGCUGUUGCUGUGAAGGGCUUAUACAUUUUGAUGUGUUACUCUUAGUGUCCAUCAAAUUCAAUGGCUCAUAUGGGCAAACUGAUAUAUACAGUAAGAAAAUCAAGUAAUGUAAUUGAUCACUCUCCUCCCACACACACAGAUAUACUAGAGAACACAUUUUUUCCCUUCAUCAGUGUUAUACCAGGCUUAGCAUAAGCUCUCUGCAUUCAUGUGUGAGUUAUGGUUAACAUAUGCAUGUCAUGUAUAAAUAUUUUGCCCCAAGGAAAUCCCAUUUCCAUAGAGAUUUAGUUCAAUGCUUCUGAAUGUGUCUGAUGACUGAAUUUCAUCUUCACUAAGGAAUUUAUUAUGCAAAGUAAACUUUAGCUUCAUUGAAAAGUCCCCUAAUUGUAUAAUCUAUCUGAUAUAAUCAACAUAAAAGAAAAAUUAAGGAAUCAUUAAUAAAGAAUUAUAAUUUUGCCCUUAUUAAAAUCAAAAACAGAAACCAGCCUUGAAAACUCCCUGAGCAGACAAAACUAGUUUAGUCAUACAAAGCUUGAUUUGGCUUAUUUUGCACGACUAACUUGACAUGAGUCAUUUCUUGCUUAUGCUUCUGAAAAUCAUAAAUAAAACAGUUUUCCAAGGUUGAUAAGAGGUAACCACUGACUUAUUCCCUAUUAUUUAAGAAAAUUCUAUUAUAACCACUGUGAAGAAUAAAUAGUCACUGCUUUUUGAGUAUACAAUCUGCUUUAUAAAAAGGUACCCCUGAACCUCAUUCCGUAUUUUGGGUUAAGUGCACUCUGUCGCAAACUCGUUUUGGUGUUUGAUGUGUGCACAAUAAACUUUUACUAAUUACUACUUUAGUGAUUCACUCAUUUUACUUCUGUUAUUUCUGAACUUAUGACAUUCUCUG